AGCGUCGAGUUGAUAAGCCCGCAGCGGUCUCGUCGCUCUCUUUCUCCAACCACCAUCACAUCCAACUUGCGUAUCCCUUUGUUCAUCCAUCUUAUACAUCAGUAAGUAGCGUACAUCGAUUGGCACCAUGAUGUGAUACUGACAAUCCCAGUAGUCAUGCAGAUCUUCGUGAAGACUCUCACUGGCAAGACCAUCACGCUCGAGGUCGAGUCCUCCGACACCAUCGACAACGUCAAAGCCAAGAUCCAGGACAAGGAGGGAAUUCCCCCUGAUCAACAACGUCUUAUCUUCGCCGGCAAACAGCUGGAGGACGGCCGUACUCUGUCUGACUACAACAUUCAGAAGGAGUCGACUCUCCAUCUCGUGCUUCGACUCCGUGGCGGUAUGCAGAUCUUCGUCAAGACUCUCACGGGAAAGACCAUCACUCUCGAGGUUGAGUCGUCCGAUACGAUCGACAAUGUCAAGGCCAAGAUCCAGGAUAAGGAGGGUAUCCCUCCCGACCAGCAACGCUUGAUCUUUGCCGGCAAGCAGCUUGAAGAUGGACGAACGCUUUCCGAUUACAACAUUCAGAAGGAAUCUACUCUCCAUCUCGUCCUUCGUCUUCGUGGUGGAAUGCAGAUCUUUGUCAAGACUCUUACGGGCAAGACGAUCACUCUUGAAGUGGAGUCGUCCGAUACGAUCGAUAACGUCAAGGCAAAGAUCCAAGACAAGGAAGGCAUUCCUCCCGAUCAGCAACGUCUUAUUUUCGCCGGAAAGCAACUCGAGGACGGUCGCACUCUGUCUGACUACAACAUCCAGAAAGAGUCAACACUUCAUCUCGGUAUGUAUUGUUAUUUCGUAAUUGAUUUUCGUGGUAUUGAUGUUAUCUCAGUGCUGCGUCUCCGUGGAGGCAUGCAGAUCUUUGUGAAGACCUUGACCGGCAAGACCAUCACCUUGGAAGUGGAGUCUUCAGACACCAUUGACAACGUGAAAGCGAAGAUUCAAGACAAGGAGGGCAUCCCUCCCGACCAACAGCGCUUGAUCUUCGCCGGCAAGCAGCUCGAGGAUGGCCGCACUCUUUCGGACUACAACAUUCAGAAGGAGUCUACUCUCCAUCUCGUCUUGCGUCUACGUGGUGGUAUGCAAAUCUUUGUCAAGACCUUGACAGGGAAGACGAUCACUCUCGAGGUGGAGUCUUCAGACACUAUUGACAACGUCAAGGCGAAGAUUCAGGAUAAGGAGGGUAUUCCCCCAGACCAGCAACGUUUGAUCUUCGCUGGCAAGCAACUUGAGGACGGUCGUACCCUCUCUGAUUACAACAUUCAGAAAGAGUCGACCCUCCAUCUCGUCCUUCGUCUCCGUGGCGGUCUCUAAGCGGUUGAUGGUCGAGAUCUCGUUGAGUUGUUGUGGUCUGACGAUUGUUUGUCUACAUCUAUGCACUACGUCCUGAUGCCCCUUCUAUGCGAUUGUUGUAUGAUAUGUGUACGAGUAACAUGACUUCUGGAAUGUAUUCAUAUGUGGAUUCUAUCCUUCAGCAGCGUAUCGUUCGUUUCGCCAAUAUUCAGAAUGCCCACCUUCAAACUUCGGAUUCUCAGCAUUAGCCUUGCG